AUGGAACCUGCUUACGACCAGCCGAUCGCCGAUAUCGCACACUACACUUUCCAUUAUGAGAUCGAGGAAGCAGAUGCAAAGGUGUGGGCAAGGGCACGUUUGGCUUUACUCGAUACUGUAGGCUGUGCCAUCGAGACUGCAGCCACCAGUAACGAAUGUCGAAAGCUAUUAGGUCUCGCAACUAAGGGCAUAAAUGUUCCAGAUGGAUUUCGAGUUCCGGGAACCGAUCUACAGGUGGACCCACUAGAAGGAACGUUCAGUUUCGGAAUUCUUAUACGAUACUUGGAUCAUAAUGAUGCUUUGGGAGGGGCGGAAUGGGGUCAUCCAUCAGAUAAUAUCGCAGCUAUCUUGGCUGUUAUGGACUGGCUGUCACGCAUGGCCGCCGCGGGCCGUCUCACCCAUACUGGACCCCCGUUGACCGUGCGGACAUUGUUGAUCGCAGUGAUCAAAGCUUAUGAGAUACAAGGCUGCUAUCAACUGUGCAACGCAUUCAAUGAUUACGGCAUCGACCAUGUGGUAUUGGUCAAACUGGCUUCGGCUGCCGUCGUUUCAUGGUUGCUGGGGCUCACGGAAGGGCAGACCAUGGCAUGCAUCUCUCACGUCUGGAUGGAUGGGCAGCCCACGAGAGUGUACCGAGCACGCAAUAACACGAUUCCACGGAAAGGAUGGGCUGCAGGGGACGCUGCGCGGAGAGCUGUGCAGCUUGCUUUGUAUGCUCAAGCAGGCCAGCCAGGCGCGCCGGGAGCUUUGUCCUCAAAGCCAUGGGGCUUCUGGGCUCGAACAUUCGGGGAAGAUGGCUUCCAGUUUCCUCAGCCAUUUGGUACUUGGACAAUCCGAAAUGUGUUAUUCAAGGCUAUGCCAGUAGAGGGACAUGCAGUAUCAGCCGUGGAAGCAGCCCUGCUCCAGAUGCGUCGCUUCGGAGAAAAAGGGUUGUCAAAUCCCACAGAAGAUAUAAAGCGAAUAGACUUGCGCACCACGGCUGCCGCUGGUUUGAUCAUCAACAAGAAAGGACCAUUGCGCAAUGCCGCAGACCGUGAUCAUUGCAUUCAAUAUGUGGUUGCUUUGGCAUUCUUGAAAGGCAGUGCGCCUGAGCCUGCCGACUAUCUUGACACAAGUUCAUGGGCGAUAAGUAGGGAUAUGGAGUGCUUGAUGGAUAAAAUCACGGUUUCACCCGACGAGAUGCUGACCGGUGAUUAUUUGAACCUGGAUAAAAAGAGCAUCGGAGCGGGUGUUACAGUCCAUCUCAAGGACGAAUCGGUUCUUCCGGAGAUUCUGGUUGAGUACCCCAUUGGACAUGUGCGGAAUCCCGGAACAAAUGCGUUUCUGGAAACCAAAUUCUCACAAAACAUGGCGCGGAUGUUCUCCAAGGCAGAAAUCGUCCAGAUAGCAGAGGCAGUCCACCACCCCGAUCUGCUAGUAACGGAUUUCGUGGGGUUGCUUGCACGUCCGGCAAGCCAACAAAAACUGUGA